UCCGAUUUUUAAAACAUAACCGUCGAAUCGAAUUUUAUCACAACCCACGAUUCCGAUUACAGAGCUUCCAUAUCCAGCAACUGUCUCUAAGAAGCCAUGAUGGCGGCAGGAUUGGGAAAUCGGAUAGUAGCCAUGUUAAAGGUGCUAGAGCUGCUCGUGUUCAGCGUGGGAAGAUGCUUCGAGAGCAGAAAAGGGCUGCUGUUUUGAAGGAGAAGAGAGCAUCAGGAGGAUUAAACAGUGCUCCUCGUGUUAUCGUCUUGUUUCCCCUCUCGGCUUCUGUUGAAUUGAAUUCACUUGGUGAAGAUGUCUUAAAGUUACUAGCUUCUGAUGGUUCUGGUAUUGAUUCUUCAACGGUUGCAUCUUCCGAGUAUAAGCUAAGAGCAACUGUGUUAAAGGCGCCUCAUGGGGAUCUUUUGACAUGUAUGGAAAUGGCCAAGGUUGCUGAUUUGAUGGCUUUUGUUGCAUCUGCAAGCUCUCCAUGGGAAGAGAAUAAAUCUAACUUCAUAGAUUCAUUCGGAAGUCAGUGUCUUUCUGUGCUUAGAUCAAUUGGUCUACCAAGUACCACUGUGUUGAUCCGUGUAUCAAAAGCAAAAACGAGAAAGACUCACUAA